GUUCAUAAUCCAAAACAUGUGUCUGUACAUAUUCAUGUGGGUACAUUUAUUGUGAAAGGGACUUCAACAAAAACCAGAUCAGUUGUUCUCUUUUUCCGGAAUUUAUAGCCUGAAAGGUCAUGGUCAAAAUGGAGACUAUCGUAUACAUGCUGUUACUAGCCGGGCUCACAAAUUUACCUUUAGCGGCAUCCACUUCACAGUCACCUGGUACAACGGAGUCCGUUACAACAGCCUCUACUACCCAGUCUUCUGUGGGGCCCAGUGAUACACAAGAGUCUGUAACACCGUCUAUGAAUACUUCUGUUACGUCUCUCCUAACAACCUCUGCGAGUGAAGAUCUCAUGACAUCUGCCAGCAGUGAUACAACGACAUCUGCCAGUGGACAUACAAUAACAUCUGCCAGUGAAGAUACAACGACAUCUGCCAGUGGACAUACAAUAACAUCUGCCAGUGAAGAUACAACGACAUCUGCCAGUAGAGAUACAACGACAUCUGCCAGUGGAGAUACAACGACAUCUUCCAUUAGAGAUACAACGACAUCUUCUAGUGGAGAGACAACAGCAUCUUCCAGUGGAGAUACAACGACAUCUGCCAGUGGAGAUACAACGACUUCUGCCAGUGGAGAUCUCAUGGCUUCUACCACUGGAGAUACACUGACAUUUGCCAGUGGAGAUACAACGACAUCUGCCAAUGGAGAUACAACGACAUAUUCCAGUGGAGAUACAACGACAUCUGCCGGUGGAGACACGACAUCUGCCAGUGGAGGUACAACGACAUAUUCCAGUGGCGAUACAACGACAUCUUCCAGUGGAGACACAACACCAUCUGGCAGUGGAGACACAACGACAUCUGCCAGUGGAGGUACAACGACAUAUUCCAGUGGCGAUACAACGACAUCUUCCAGUGGAGACACAACACCAUCUGUCAGUGGAGAUACAACGAUGUCUGCCAGUGGAGAUACACCAUCUGCCAGUGGAGAUCCCUUGUCAUCUACCAGUGGGGAUCCCUUUGCAUCUACCACUGGAGAUACAAUGACAUUUACCACUGGAGAUACAACGACAUCUUCCAGUGGAGAAACAACAACAUCUUCCAGUGGAAAUACAACGAUUUCUUCCAGUGGAGAUACAACGACUUCUGCCAGUGGAGAUACAACGACAUCUGCCAGUGGAGGCACAACGACAUCUGCCAGUGGAGACACAACACCAUCUGCCAGUGGAAACACAACGACAUCUGCCAGUGGAGGUACAACGACAUAUUCCAGUGGCGAUACAACGACAUCUACCAGUGGAGAUCCCUUUGCAUCUACCACUGGAGAUACAAUGACAUUUACCACUGGAGAUACAACCACAUCUUCCAGUGGAGAAACAACAACAUCUUCCAGUGGAAAUACAGCGAUUUCUUCCAGUGGAGAUACAACGACUUCUGCCAGUGGAGAUACAACGACAUCGUCCAAUGGAGAUACAACGACAUCUGCCAGUGGAGAUACAUCUGCCAGUGGAGAUACAACGACAUCUUCCGGUGGAGAUACGACGUCUGCCAGUGGAGAUCCAACGACAUUUGCCAGUGGAGACACAACGACAUCUGCCAGUGGAGAUACAACAUCAUCUGCCAGUGGAGGUACAACACCAUCUGUCAGUGGAGGUACAACACCAUCUGCCAGUGGGGAUCCCAUGGCAUCUACCACUACAGAUACACUGACAUUUGGCAGUAGAGAUACGACACCUGCCAGUGGAGAUACAACGAUAUCUUCCAGUGGAGAUACGACAUUUUACAGUGGAGACACAACACCAUCUACCAAUGGAGCUACGACGACAUUUGGUAGUGAAGAUACAACGACAUCUGCCAGUGGAGAUACAACGACAUCUACCACUAGAGAUACGACGACAUUUACCACUGGAGAUCCAACGACAUCUGCCAGUGGAGAUACAACAUCUGCCAGUGGAGAUACAACGACAUCUGCCAGUGGAGAUACAACGACAUCUGCCAGUGGAGAUACAACGACAUCUACCACUAGAGAUACAACGACAUUUACCACUGGAGAUACAACGACAUCUGCCAGUGGAGAUACAACGACAUCUGCCAGUGAGGAUACAACGACAUUUGCCAGUGGAGAUACCACAGCACCUGUCACUGCAGGUAGCACGAUAUCAGUGACUACAGAUUCCACAACAUCAACGCCCAGAGUUACAACGUUAUCUCCUGUACCAACCACCACUAUGCAGGGCAUCUACACACCUGCUAAAGUGUUGUACAAGUUAAGUGUUCCUAUCACCGUAAACCAGACAUAUGACGCGGCCAAGCAAGAGGAAUAUAAAGUUGAAUUCAAACGAGUACUGACUAUAGCCUAUCAAAAUCUCACAGGAUUCCAGAGUGUUAAGAUUAAUGAUGUAAGGAUAUGUGGCACUGAUUUUGUGUUGCACAGGAAAGGCAGCGUGAUCUGUAACCACACCGUCAGCUUUGACACCAGUGCCAUUCAACAAGGCUCAAAUAAUUCUGUUGCCGCCAUAACAAAAACCAUACACAGGGAGAUAAAUGAGAUAGCUGUCCCUCACCUGAGUCGCGUGCCUAUUGCGAAUGGGUUCGUCAUCAUAGAGAAGUUCGACGCUGAUUUGGAAUCAGCAAUCAACAAAACUGUAAAGGACCCUUGCAACAAUGUUGAUCUUGGAUGCCUCCAAGGAUACAGCUGUCUCUGGUCCCAUGGCGAACUUCUUUGCCAAUCAGACUGUAACACAGGGGGUGCGAGAUGUGGAGAUCACGGGACAUGCGCUCUAAGGGAAGGAAAAGUUACGUGUGUAUGCUUAGCAAAUGAUGACGCAGUUUACAGCGGGGACGAUUGCAGUAUCCGGGUGGAGAAAUUUGAUCUUGAAAAAGACAAAAUAAUCGCCAUCGGCGUCGGAACUGGUGGAGGAAGUCUCCUCGUUCUGUUGUCUAUUCUGGUUAUCCUUACCUGUAAACUACGAAAAUCCAACAAGACCUCGCAAACAUCCCAUUCGCAGUAUGAUGGCAGCUCUCUGAAAGAUUUCCUACCAAGAGAAAUAAGCGGUAGUUACACUGGUCGAUCACAGGACCUAGAGUUACAGGACUAUUCGUAUCUGAACCCGAGCCGAGUAAGGGCGGAGCUGAAAGAUUACGCGUAUCCAUAUUCGUACAGUAAUAAGGCUUUCUCGCAAGGUCCACUGAGGUCAAGGUCGGAGGACUCAGAAUGGCACAUCUAUGUACCCCGCUCUUAUAGAUCACGUGACUAUCAGUUCGUGGACGAGGCAAAACUAGCCGAGAAUUUGAUGACGAUGCCAGAGUUUGGGAAGUGCAUCAUAGACAGACCUAGGUUAUCUGCUCCCAUUUAGGACAUGGUAAUCCGCGUGUCCUGAGGAAGAUUUACCUGAUUCAAGACGAA